AUGACAGCGGAGGAAUUUGACUUCCUAUUAGAACGGGUGGCACCACUCAUUACCAAGGAAGACACCAGGUUUCGGAAGGCCAUCAGUGCAAGGGAACGGUUGUCUGUGACACUACGAUUUCUGGCCACAGGUGAAACUUUUCAAUCCCUGGGGUUCCAGUACCGCAUCGGCAGCACAACAGUCUCCCAAAUUGUUCUCUCAACAUGUGAAGCUCUCUAUGAAGUGAUGAAAGAUGACUACCUUAAGACACCAACAUCUGAGGGCAGCUGGAGAGCUAUAGCCAAGGAUUUCUAUGAGAAGUGGCAGUAUCCAAAUUGCCUGGGUGCCCUGGAUGGAAACCAUAUAUACAUACAGCCCCCUGGUCAUUCAGGCAGCACCUUCCGCAAUUACAAAGGCCGCUUUUCUGUGGUGUUAAUGGCUGUUGCGGAUGCAAAUUAUAAAUUUAUUUAUGUGAACGUGGGGAGCCAGGGCAGGCUUUCAGACGGCGGUCUGUUUGCCCACUCUGACCUUCGUAGAGCCAUGGAUGGAGGCCUUCUUAAUGUUCCCAAACCAGAACCCCUGCCUAAAAGCAACAUUGUGAUGCCUUACAUGUUUACUGGGGAUGAUGCUUUCCCCCUACGGAUUGACAUGCAAAAGCCAUACUCACACAGACAGCUGGAUCCUGACCAGAGGGUCUAUAACUAUCGCCUCUCAAGAGCUCGGCGGGUAGUUGAAAAUGCUUUUGGCAUUUUGGCGAACAGGCUCCGGGUCUUCAGAACCACUAUCUGUCUGGGUCCAGAUAAGGUGGUGAAGAUAACCCUAGCAUCAUGUGUGAUCCACAAUUACUUGAGAAUGCAGGUCAGAAGCCUAGACACCACCCACAUUGGCUGA